CUAAACUAUCUCCAACAUGCCUUUGGGGCUUAACAACCCGCUGCCCUCAUCUAUGAGGAGCGAGUGCAGGAAGACAGGCAAAAUUCUAGCAUCUUUCGUAGACCCACGGCAAGCCUUUGGGCCCGACAAGAUCAUUCCUCCCCAAAUCCUUGCGAAUGCGAAGGGCCUCGCGAUCCUCACAGUCUUCAAAGCCGGCUUUCUCGGUACUGCGCGUUUCGGUUCUGGUGUCGUCGUCGCUCGUCUCGCAGACGGCUCGUGGUCCGCACCCUCAGCCAUCGGAACGAUAGGAGGCGGGUUCGGCGGACAGAUUGGUUUCGAACUUACCGAUUUUGUCUUCAUCCUAAAUGAUGCAAGGGCGGUCACAACAUUCGCGCAGGCAGGAUCACUGACACUGGGAGGCAAUGUAUCCAUUGCAGCCGGGCCGGUCGGGCGAAAUGCCGAGGCGGCAGGAGCAGCAAGCUUGAAGGGCGUCGCUGGUAUAUUCAGCUACAGCAAGACUAAGGGGCUGUUUGCUGGAGUCAGUUUGGAAGGCAGUGGCAUCAUCGAGCGGAGAGACGCCAACGAGAAACUCUACGGCAGGAGGUGGACGGCAAGAGAGCUGCUUAGUGGCCAAGUCCCGGUCCCAUUACCCGCCGCAGAACCGCUGAUGCGGGUCUUGAACUCGAGAGUAUUUGCUGGUGUUGGGGGAAAUGUCGCUUCUGACGCUAUGUACAACGAUAUUCCCGUGUACGAUGACGCUCACGAGGAUGUGGUAUGGCAGGGCCGGAAGGGCUCGGCGAUGGGCGAGGGUGUAAGGACGAGCCGCACAGGAUCGAUGGGCCAGGCAAAUGAUGACGAAUACGUCUAUCGUGACAAGCCUUCGAGAGCUAGCACAUGGGCUGACGACGUCUACGACCGCACCCCAACUCAAGGAGGCGGUAUCAAUCGAUCCUUUACCACCCGCGCCAACCGAAACGAGACCUUCGACACAAUGGAGAACCGCACCCGAAGUGGGUCGGGUUUCAGCGACGAUUACACGUUCAGUGACAACCCUAAGCCAAGCAGACCGACCGCACCAAAGCCUGUGUUUGGAGCGAAGAGAGCGAGCAUGGCUCCGAAUCAGGCAAUUGCUAAAUUCACAUUUGAGCCUGAUCAGGAUGGAGACUUGGGCUUCAAGAAAGGCGAUAUCAUCACGAUUCUGAAGAAAACCGACAACGAGACGGAUUGGUGGACUGGGAAGAUCGGGGACCGAGAGGGCAUUUUUCCAAGCAACUACGUGGAGACGGUGUAAAUAUCUUCCUGAUUCUGUCCUGUCGAUGAUCUGAUACUUUCGUACCUACGAUGCUAUUCACGAGAUACCUCCCUUCUGCCAAUACACACACAUAGAAUGUCUGUCCUCUUUUGAACCUCGACACCUAUCUACCUUCUUCGAUGCUUGACCUCGCCUUCCUCUGUCACGACCGUUUCCUAUGAAAAAUACCGGGUGCUUACUGAAGGGCAUAGCAAGGCGUCUAGGAGAUAUUGUUAUUCCCUUUGUAUGGUUUCUUGGGAUGGUUGGUUGCAUGGAUGGAAAGAAUAUCUUCAUAGUGUUAGAUUGGUAUGCAAUCAUUACUUAAACUAAUGGGUGGGUGGACGUGAUAUUGAAUUGAUCUGAG